AUGACUUCAAAAAGGAAUGGAAAUUCCGCAGAUUUCGAGGAGCAGAUUGAUAUACUUAAUAACAAGAGUAUAAAACCAACUAAACGGCUUUUAACUCCUCUGCUUUUCAAAAGGGUACCUCCAAUACCGGAGGAAUCAGCAAGGAAACCGUUACCUCUAUAUAAUAAGAAUAUUCUUUCCAGGAUUUUCUUCGCAUGGCUGAUACCUUUGUUCAAUGUUGGGUAUCAAAGGACAUUGGAUAACAACGACCUAUGGCGCCUGGACGAUCGCUUAUCCAUCAAGACAACUUAUCCAAAAUUCCAACGCAAUCUAGAAUCAGUAACCUCAAGACGUUUCAAAAAAGGUGGUCUUUCUACAAAACUUUCAAAGUAUGCCCUUCUAGAAGCCUUAUUUUACACGUUUCAUUGGCAAUUACUAUUCGCAUUUUUUGCCGCAAGUGUCAAUUAUAGCUGUCUAGUGGUUGUUCCUGUUUUGAUGAAGAAACUUAUUGAUGUUGUAGAAAUGAAAGUGGUAAUACCUAACUCUUCCAUAGGGGCCGGUGUAGGGUACGCUUUAGGUAUUGUAUUCUUGACAGCACUGAGUGGGUUGGCAAACAAUCAUGCACUUCAAAACUCUAAACUCGUGGGUUCGCACGCAAGAACAAUAUUGACUAAGGCCUUGCUUGAGAAAUCCUUCGUUGUGAGCUCUGAUUCGAAACGUAGCUUUCCAAAUGGGAAAGUUUUUUCUUUGAUGAGCAGCGAUUUGGCCAAAAUUGACAUGGCUAUCAGUUACUUACCCCUUGCACUUUCUAUUCCCCUUCCAUUUAUUGCUGCAAUAGUUUUGCUCAUUGUCAAUAUUGGUGUGGCUGCAUUAUGCGGGAUUGCUCUUUUUAUGAUUUCUAUUCUUUUAGCAGCUAUACCAGCCAAAAUCUUGAUGUCAUACAGAAGUAAGAGCUCUUCUUAUACUGAUGAAAGAGUCGGCUUAAUGAGAGAAAUUCUUAAUGCCAUGAAAAUGAUUAAAUUUCAUGCUUGGGAAGAUGCGUAUGAGAGUAAAGUCAGAGAUGUGAGAUCAAAGGAGACGCGUUACAUACUGAAGUCAGAUUGGCUAACCAGUACAAUGUUCAGCAUUGUUUUCAAUCUAUCCCAGGUAUCCUCCAUGAUUUCAUUUCUGGUGCUCUACGCAAUCCAUUCAACAAAAGGUUCUCCAGGUAACAUUUUUGCGUCUUUAUCGUUGUUCACUACUUUAACGAAUCUACUCUCUGAAUUCCCAAUGUAUCUUGCCUACUGCACUGCUGGAUGGGUAAGCAUCACGAGAGUACGGGAAUUUUUAGAAGCCCCGACAGAACAAAUAAGGAAGCGGGAGAUGCUCAAAAGGAGCGAAGAUGUAGCUAUCAAGAUUGUCGACGGGCAUUUCCGGUGGUCUUCUGCUGAGAACGAUAAAAAUCCCAGCUUUUGUCUCAAGAAUGUUAACAUUGAAAUUUCUAAAGGGGAAUUCAUUGUAAUAACAGGUUUUACUGGAUCUGGAAAAUCUUCACUACUACGUGCAAUUGCAGGUGGAUUGAAAACUUUGAAUGGCAAAGUUGGAAUUAAUGGGUCAUUGUUAUAUUGCGGAAAUCCCUGGAUUCAAAGCGCAACUAUUCGUGAAAAUAUAACUUUCGGAUUACCCUUUGACUCAAGAUGGUAUUAUAGAACCGUCCGGGCUUGUGCACUCAAUACUGAUUUGGAAUCAUUGUCUGGCGGUGACAUGACCGAAGUUGGAGAAAGAGGUGUAACUCUUUCGGGUGGUCAAAAGGCAAGGAUUAAUCUCGCAAGGGCAGUUUAUGCUAACAAAGAUAUUUAUUUGCUUGACGAUGUUUUGAGUGCUGUUGAUUCCAAAGUUGGAAAACAUAUCGUCGAUAACUGCUUCACAAAAUUGAUCGCGGAAAAGACAACAGUUAUAGCCACACAUCAGCUUUCUUUGAUGAAUAAAGCUGAUCGUAUUAUCUUCAUCAAUGAAGAUGGUAGUUUAGAUGUUGGAACAAGAGAAGAGGUUGCAAUGAAAAAUUCAGCUUUCGUCUCGCUCCUGCGCCAUGGCGCAAAUGCAUCGUCACAAUUAGAAGACAAAAACGAACAAAUAGAAAAGGAUGAUACCGAGAUGGGGAUACUGGAAGAGGAAAAUGGUGAAAUCGACAAGCUUUACGAUGUAGAGGAGAAAGCAGUGAAUUCUAUUCCCCUCAGAAUAUAUCAACAAUAUUUGAAUGCCGGUUCAGGGAUAUUUUCUUCGUUUGCGCUUCCGAUUGUUAUAAUUUCCACGGCCUUAACCGUUUUUACAAUGAUGUUUGCCAAUGUUUGGCUUUCUUUUUGGAUUGAUCGGAAAUUCUCUGGCAAAAAGGAUGGCUUUUACAUUGGUCUUUAUGUUAUGUUCAUUUUUUUGGGCUUGAUAUUUGUGACUAUAGAGCUAUCCAUUAUGGGUUACAUCACUGUUAAUGCGUCAAAAAACCUUAAUCUCGAUGCAUUGAAACAAAUAUUACACACACCAAUAAGCUUCCUCGAUACUACGCCGAGCGGAAGGAUACUAAACAGAUUCACCAAGGAUACAAAUUCUUUAGAUAACGAAAUUGGAAUGCAGCUGAAAAUGUUGUUGCACUCUAUUGGUAUGAUUAUAGGAAGCUUGGUGUUAUGUGUAAUUUACCUGCCGUGGUUUGCUAUUGCUAUUCCAUUUAUUAUUAUGGUGUUCAUUUUAAUUACAAACUACUACCAAGCUUCGUCAAGAGAGGUUAAGAGGUUGGAGGCUCUCAGUAGAUCACUUGUCUACAAUAACUUUAAUGAAGUUUUAAAUGGUAUGGAAACUAUAAAAGCUUAUUCCUCAGAAAGAGCUUUCGUGAAAAAGAACGAUCAGCUAAUUGACAAGUUAAAUGAGUCUUACCUUGUUACAGUCGCAAAUCAAAGGUGGAUUGGGAUAAGCUUGGAUUUAACGGGUUGUGGUCUUGCACUCAUUGUCACCAUGCUUGCUCUCACGCGCCAGUUCCAAAUCAGCGCCGCAGCGACGGGCUUAGUUGUGACGUACAUUCUAGAUAUGUCUACAUUACUGUCCCCAUGCCUUAUUUCUUUCUCAGAAGUUGAAAAUGAAAUGAACUCAGUUGAAAGACUAUGCCACUAUGCAAAUGAUCUUGAACAAGAAACUGGCUAUAAGAACUUCAAUAGUAAGCCUCCUAUGGAUUGGCCUGAACAUGGUUGUAUUCAAUUUAAAAAUGUUUCAUUGAGGUAUCGAGAGGGACUACCACUAGUUCUUAAAAAUUUAAAUAUUGCCACAAAGAGUUAUGAGAAGAUCGGCAUUUGCGGUAGAACAGGAGCUGGCAAAAGCUCUUUGAUUUCAGCUCUCUAUAGACUUACAGAAUUGGCGGAUGGGACAAUAGAAAUUGACGGGGUAAAUGUGCGCGAUAUUGGCUUGCAGAACUUGAGAUCAAAACUUACUAUCAUCCCUCAAGACCCUGUUUUAUUCCAAGGGACAAUCAGAAAGAAUCUAGAUCCAUUCGGUGUUCACACAGAUUUGCAAUUAUGGGAUGCCUUGAAAAGAAGUGGAUUGGUAGGACCCGAAAGCAUAAUAAAUCAACAACAGCAAGAAUCAAAGCCUCUUCUGAAGUUCCAUUUGGAUAACGUAGUGGAGGAUGAGGGUUCAAACUUUUCACUGGGUGAACGUCAAAUGAUAGCACUAACUAGAGCAAUAGUCAGCAACUCGAAAAUUCUGAUCAUGGAUGAAGCCACUUCCAAUGUUGAUUAUGACACCGACGCACUGAUCCAAGAAACAAUAGCUAGAGAGUUCAAGGACAGUACCAUCCUGUGUAUCGCUCAUAGGUUGAAGACGAUAUUGAACUACGAUAGGAUUCUAGUGUUGGAAAAGGACGAGGUUCGGCAGUUUGAUACCCCUUUGAAACUCUAUAAUGAACAAGGAAUCUUUAGAGAAAUGUGCGAUAGUUCUAAUAUAACUAUUGAUAAUUUUCACCUUUGA